UCGACGGAGCGGCUCCGUUCGGAAACUAGUAUCAUAUCUCAUAUUGCCCUUUCUUACCUCAACUUAAUACGCCUCUUAAUUCCCUUCAUUCUCUGUUCUUUACAUUUACCUUUUUAAUCCAAGUUCGCAUAUAUACUUAUCCGAUAAUGUUGUUUCCUACCUCUCUACUCGUCUUGUCUGGUUUGACCUACUCUGUACUCGGUCAGACACAUACAGACUGUAAUCCUACCAAGAAGUCAUGUCCUGCCGACCCAGCUCUCGACACAUCAUACUACAGCCACGACUUCACCAAGGAAGGCGCCGACGAUGACAACUGGGAAAUGACCGCCUCAGGUGUCUCGUACAGCGAUCAAGGCGCCGAAUUCACAAUCUCCAAGCAAGGCGACCACCCCACCAUCCAGUCCAAAUGGUACAUCUUCUUCGGCUCCGUCUCAUUCCUCAUGCGCGUAGCACCCGGCACCGGCAUCGUCUCCUCGGCCAUCCUCCAAUCUGACGACCUCGACGAAAUCGACUGGGAAUGGCUAGGCGGCCAAGCUGCCGAAGUACAAACCAACUACUUCUCCAAGGGCAACACAGCAACCUACAACCGCAUGGCCAAAGCUGCGAUUCCCUCCGGCAACGCCGAAACCGAGCUCCACAACUACACCAUCUCGUGGACGCAGGACAGCAUGCAGUGGAUCAUCGACGGCGGUGUCGAGCGCGAAGUCAAGUACGCCGACGUAAACUCUGGCUACGGGUACCCGCAGACCCCCAUGAACGUCCGCAUCGGUAUCUGGGCAGGCGGCGACCCGGAUAACUCGGAAGGCACAAUUGAGUGGGCGGGAGGUCUUACGGAUUUCGGAAAGGGGCCUUACUCGAUGGUUUUGGAGAAGGUCGAGGUGAUUAACCAUGCGCCUGCGAAGCAGUACGAAUAUGGCGAUUUGAGCGGAGCAUACGGUAGCAUUGUUGUGGAUACCAAGGGUGACGGAAGCGGUGACAAGAGCAAGUCGAAUGAGUCGUCGUCUUCCUCGUCUGCAUCUGCAUCUGCAUCUGCGUCCGCGUCUGCUUCGGCGUCAAAGUCCAUGACUAAGUCUGUAUCUUCGUCUGCUACCGCCAGCGCUACCUCCUCGGCUACCACAUCCGGUGCUAGCAGCGAGGGUGCGAGCCAUGGAGCCAGCAAGACGGCGGCAGCGGCGGCAGCUGAUCAGGCUGCUAGCACUAGCAGUGCGCUGCCGGAGUCCAAUGGUGCGGGCGUUGAGAGCGUCACGUGGAGAUACGUAGCGCUUAUGGGCGCCGUUGCCGUUGCGUUUGCGAUUUAAAAGAGAGUGAGAAAAAUAGCGAAGCGAUUUGUUUUAUUUGCUGCUGUGAAAUGUAUAUACCUUUGUUUAAUACCCCAGUUGAGCGUUCAGCCGCAUGUUCAGAAGAAAGAAAAAAAAUCAAUAUCGUUUUGAAUUUCUUG